CCGGGUGGCCCUUCAAGUUCCCCUGGGGCCCCUCGGCCUCCCCGGUCACCACCCCUCCCCCUCCCACUGUCCCUCGGCUCGCCCAUGGACCGCGCAGUAAGCCAGCUGCGCAGCUCGGAGCCCUCCUGCGGCGGCGGGUCGUCACCGUCGCCGGCAGCGGCGGCGGCGCCAGCGUGGGCUUUCCUGCCACAAGAGGUCACCGGCGACUCGGAGUGCGACGACGACCAGCAGGCAGCAGCGGUUGCCGCCGUCUACGCCGACGAUGGCGACGCCGAGUCGUGCAGCGGCGGCGAGGACCACUCCGUCGAGCUCGAUGAGAGGAGGCUCAUGUCCUGGCAGUGCUGGAUGGUGGAGAGCGCCAGCGUCGUGGUGGUGGGCGCCGAAGCCGCGCGCCCGGCGCCGCCCGAAGACGAUGGUGCUGCCGCCGACGGUGACGCCGACAGCGACAGGCUCUUCUGGGAGGCUUGCAUUGCUCAUGGCUACUAGCUGGCGAGCCCAACGACCGAUUGAUGCAACGGAAGGCUCAGUUUAAUCGCCCUUCUGUUCUUAACUCUUACCUGAUUUCGGCAGCAUGUACGCCUCUACUCUCUGCUUCUUUUUCUUCGUUUCUUGCGGGAACCUGGAAUUAUACAGCAGUAAUCUGAUAUUCUGUUCUCAAAUAUAAUGGAUCACCUUUUCCGUUUUAGGUAUAUAUACAGCAGAGUUAUUCUGCAUAUAUACAGCAGAGUUAUAUACAGCAAAGUUGUGCUGUUGAUCCC